AUGCGAAAUCUUCGUUUUGAGUCGCAUCGGAAUAAUGGAGGUGCCGCUGAGACGGAAUUCAACUGGGGUUGGUUUCCAAUCAAUUUUUGAUAAACUGUCAAUUUUUAAAGUUUCAAUGUGUCGAUUACUCCAUUUCUAACAUGAAUUUCGGAAAAUAAAACGGGAAGUCAAAAAUCUCCAUUCAAAAGCUACAUUAUUACACUGUGUUACCUGCGCAAAACAAUAAAAAAAAUCGCCUCGCUAUCAAGAUUGAUGGAUGACUUCUCUGUUUUUCAUAUUUCCUGCACUAAUAACGGGUGUGGUUCCUUUCAUCCAUUGGAAGAAGGAGAUGAGAAAAAAAGAAGAAAGAUUAGUGAUUGGCCGAAAUCGGGUUUCCUGUGUCGCAAUUCCAUUGAAGCUUUUGAUUAUUUUUUCUUCGAGAUAAACUUCGAAUGAUAAUUUUUAGUUGCGUACUGAAUUUGCUAUUCAAGGGGUCAUAGGGCGUGGAUUUUAUAGAGAAAGAUGGGAAAAGCACUCAUAAUUUUAUCAGUUUUCCGUCUUUUGUAGUCUAUUUUAAUUUCUGGGCGCUUCAUUACAUCUUCAUGCACCCUAUCCAAUCUAAAAAUUAGAGAAAAAAGGCGUAGAUGAGAGGAAAAAAGUCUAGCAACUGCUGUAACAACAUCGCCUCAUUGCUUCUUUCUAGUUUGACUGCUCUUGUAAUUUUUAGGACGUUUUGUUCCAAUAGUUUAUUCAGAGAAGCCUAAAUUUUUAAUGAGGCUGUAGGAUUUGGAACAUUGUUUCGCUUUGAAACUUGCAAGAACCUCCCUCCCCCUUCCAAAUUUCUCAAAAAGGUGCUGUGUAGUUUGAAAAAUAAAAAGUUUAGUGAACCCUCAGCUAACAAUGUGCAACAAAUGAGAGCGUUCCAAAAAAUUUUCAAAUGGCUUUUGGGUUUGAGAUCUUGUUUUACUCUUAUUUGAGCUCACAUUUCUUUUAACUUUGUGAAUGAUCUACAAAACGCCUUGAUUGCGCUUGAAAUGGCUCAACGUGUAGCGGUUGCGUUUCUUCGAGCUUUGCCGACUAGAAACGACUUGCGCAAGUUUGAUUUGUACUGGAGAAAGCUGUCUGAUUUCAAACGCAACACAGCCGCAACGCUUUGAACCAUUUCACUUGCGACCAAGACGUCCCAAUUUCAUUUUUCUCCUUCCUACCAUUUUUCCGAUUUAUUUUUCGUUUCCAACAACUUUUCCUCAUUUUCCCAUGUCGUCAACGUAAAUGCACCAUUAAAAAUCUCCAGGUGGCCGGAAAACGGGAGAAGAGAUGAGAAAUUAGGAAAUCGCGUGAGCAGGUAAUUUAUAAAUGCGCGAGUCGGCUCAUCGACGUCCUUUCUCCGAAAUUCGAGAAAUUUCCCUUCGUCAAAACUUCAAAUUUCUUCUUCUUCUUCUUCUUCGUCGCCUUCUUCUGCCUUGACAAUGUUACACCUGGGCGGCCGAAUCGAACACUUUUUCAUCGACUCCCUUUACGGCAAGUCCAAUGACCAUCAUAAUGCGACGCCAGACUUUAUUGUUUUCCCAAGAUUUGAUGAAGUCAUUUCUUUUUUUCUUUUUUGGUGGCUCACACUUGGAGCUCGCGUUUCAAAAUCAAAACUUUAACUUGAUGUUUACUUCCAUAAGCGCGCGAAAGCCGUUUUUGGUCGGAUGCAUCUUUAUAAUAAGCGCUUCACAAGCGCUACUCGUUGAGCCAUUCUCCAUGCGACUCGACUUCGGGUCCGAUUGAAAAAUAGCUUCUUACUAUCAAGAAGGUUCCGAAGUCUAGUUUUAUAUAACUUUAGCCCUAAAUGAUUUUUUCAAUCGGUACCUGGCUUUUUCUUGUAGAUUUCCUGUAAAUUUAUUUCAAAACAUAAUUUAGGUUGAAAAUUUCGAUGAAAAAAUAACUUCGAAGGUUUUGUUUCCUAUCAUUUUCGAUCAUAAAGAGUUCGCGAAAUUAUCCUGAAGUGAGAUUUUGGAGCUUUAACUCGCUAAAAACUCAUUAUAACCUUCUGAAGUUCCAAACUGAAGCAAAGAAAUUAUUUUCGAACACUCGCACUUUCGCGUUUCUCUUCCACUUUACGAUCUUCCUGAGCUUUUUUUCGUAUCAAUCAAAAAGUGUUAACCUCUCUCGCUAGUCUCUGUACUCUGCUCACCUCCGGCCCGAAUGUUCAAACAUUGAGUUAUGAGCUGAGGAGAGCCGUUCAACAAAAAAGAGGAAAAGAAGAAGAAGCCGAGUCAACAUUGCACCGAACCACUUGUAUAUACUCUACUAUUCUCCAAACUUUUCCUUCUGAACCUUUUUUCUUGUUUUAUCAGUAUCUGCAGAUUUUCUUUUUCAAAAUUGGAAUUUCCUUUCAUUUUUUUAUAGAAGGAAGUUGAAAAAUUCAAAAUUCAAAAAGGUACAGGCUGCAAAAGAGAAAUUGUACGAAAAGAAGGACUAUAUUUGUUUUGAAUAUUCCAACAGAAGGAGCUCUUGAAGAAUGUUGCUCUUUUUCUUUCGCCGAAACAACCGACAUUUUUCUGUCGCACUUUCUUUUUCAGCUUUUUCUCACAUUUUCGAUUCAUAUUUUGGUUUUGGCUUCUUUUAGAGGUUUAUAAUCUAUAGGUUUCGUUUUGAACUCUAAAAUUCAAAGUAUGAGACCUCUUUUUUUAAAUUUAAAUUUGAAUUAAGUUUUGGGUUUCUUUUUUUGAGAAAUAUUCAGCUUUUGAAGACGAAAAAUAAGAUUUAUUUUCGAUUAGGCCUUUUCAGAAAACGUUUCUUCAACUUUUUUAAACGAAAAGAGGAAACAUUAACUGAGGUCUUCAAAAGGGAAACCAUGUCAUUGGUAUUUAAGCCAAGCCCUAUUCCUGCGCCUUCAAAAAAAGUUAUGUUGCUGUGAAUUUCGUUCGAAACUCCAAGUGUACUUUUGAAGCCGUCGUUAAAUCAAACGAAAUGAAGCGAAGUGGGAUUGAUGGCUUAUCAAAGGGCUGUUAAAGACACUACAGUGACCACUUCAAAGAAUUUCGCCGUAUUUGAUGCCGUUUUUUAACGCUACGUUAACUUGAUAGUAGUGAAGGUUCGAGGCAGAGAAUUUCCAAUUUGAACCUCACAAAUAAAAUAAUGAAAUAUUGGAUUAGCAGUCAACAAGUUUGCGUGCGAAUAUGUCAGAAAAAUGAGCAAUAAAAGUUGAUACAUUUUUUUCUUUUUGAAGGCUGUUAAAGUUUUUUGAGAAAAAGUUAAGAUAUUUUGCCGAAUUCAAAGGAAUAAAGUUCGUUUUUUGCGACUUGACUUGUCUGUGCCCUCCUCGUCUCUCGACCACUCUCUCAUAUUGGCGUUCUAUUUUUCAUGCUUUUUCUGACCUCGCCGGAGUGAAAACAGAGAGAAGCAGACACUUGAAAGUGAUAUGAAUCGAUUUUUAAUACCAUUCGAAAAAAUCUUCAAGUGAACAUUUUCAAAGUAAAAAAAUGUACCCCUGAGUUGAAAAUGAGCAUUUCCAGGCGAAUUCCGACGAGCUGAGGCGAUUUUCCAAGAAGCGAAGGGAAUGGCUGACUACACGGGCGCCACUCAAACGAUCACUGUUCGAAAUCCCGACGGCACCACGGAAACUAAGUUGGUCCGUCUAUCUUUUCUUAUUUUUUUUUGCAGUUAGGACCAAAUUUAGUUCAGAAAAAUCUAUGGGAAGAUUAGUAGGAGAAAAGUUCUCAUUUUUUAAAAAUUCGUCAGCUUUGCAAUCUUAAUGAGCUUUUGACAAGGUUAAAUUCGACGAAUAUGGUGCAAAUUUUGAAAUUUUUUGAAAUAAAUUCGUUUUAAAAAAGUGAUUGCCAGAAAAAAACUUCAAGCUUUGUUACUGCUUAUUUUAACCAAAUUGAACUCUGAAAAACUAAAAAAACGAAACUUCUUUAAAUUUCCCAUGAAAUGAACGUUUAGGCAUGAUCAUUUUCAAUAUCUUAACAAGAUUCUAUUUCAAAAAAAUAGUUUUCCAAUAAAUUCUCAAAGAUCUUGUUUUUUUGAAUUUCCACAAAAUUAUCGCCUUUUUAUUGUCUUUUUAAGAGAUCAUAACUGUAAAAAGAAUUUUUUUAUAGCGGCUUUGAAUACAGUAAAAUGUAAAAAUUAUUUUUCGUGUGAAGAAAUUUUUUUUGGCUUUUUUUCACUAAAAUUUUAUUUAUUUAUUUUUUUUCUGAAUAUUGAGCUUGAGCUCAGAUGUACGUCACGUUGUCACAAAGGGUAAAGAGGACAAAAUAUAUCACUUUGAGACCUGACGAUUCCAAAAAAAAAAAAUUAGCUUUUACGAAAAAAAAAAAUGUUGGUUUCAGUACUUAUCUGUUUUUAAAGCUUUAAUGUAAUUAUUUGAAUUAUUUGAUCGAAAUUGAAGUGAACUUGCAGUGGAAGAAAGAAAUGUAGUAAAUUUGACGAAAUCUGAUGAAAAAGUUCAUUUGAUUUCACGGAUACCAGUCAAUUCGCCCACGCUUGGCCACUAACUUGUCUCCCUGUUUUUUCCCCUCACUUUCUGUCUGUCCAGUCCAAGUACGUUGUAAAACGUCGGCGAGAGAGAAACACGACACGCCCAAACGUUCCGGAAAAAAAAGACUGACGACACAAGUUCCAAAUUGCCUCUAUAUUGAUCUCUUGACGGCGGCUCAUUACUUGGUGUUAAAGUUGCUCCGUUGGACUUCACUUAUAUUUUAAAUUUCAAGCCUUGAAAAUUUAAUCCUUGACUUUUUGAGAAAAAAAAAUUUGGCGGUUAGAGAUCUCUUGACUAGGCGGCUCAUUACUCGGUGUUAAAGGUGCUCUGUUGCACUUUUUGAACUUUUUUGCACCCUGAACUUGAAAUUUCUAUUUAUGGACUUUUCUAGUCGGAAAUAUAAUAACGUUUAGGAAAUAAAGAAAAAUGAAGAAUUUCACAUUUUACUUCAUUUAUAGAUUACAUAUAAAGGCCCAACUCCAUAAUCUGAUUUUUUCACUUUAGGGACGGUAAAACCACUUGAGAGAUCAGUUGAUCGUUGAAAGAGGGAGUCAUCUGGAAUUUCAACUGUUUCUGUUUAAGAUCUUGACACGUUAGAGAUAAUAUCUUCGUGUCAAAGUUUCUUUAUUGAACUUUAGUUUUUCUGCUUUCCGAAUUCUCAUACAUGGAAGACUUUGUGAAGUUAGAAUUUCCCGUUUAAAGUAGAGAGUCAGUUUUUUCCUUAAAGAGUGGGCCAUCUUGUCCUAGAGAUGAGACAAGUUUUUGAUAUCUUCUGUUUUGGAACUCAUUCGACUACAAGUCUGAUACAGGAUUUGAUAGCAUUAGAAUCUAAAUCACGAAGAAUUUUCGUGAGUUGCGAAGAGAUGUCAUAGGUCUCCUUAAACAUUCAUAUUUUUCCGCCUCAUUGAAAAUUUUGAAAAAUUAUACCGUCUUGACUCGGUUUUACUUGCUGACUGUAGAGCUUGUCUUCUGAAGUUUUCGUUUGGAGCAUGAAAUUAAUGUUUUUUUUUCCUAAAAAUUUUAACUGAAGGAAUUUUGAAUGAAUGUUUUCGAAAAUUUCCGCCGAACUCAAUUUUUAGGCUCCCUUCAAGUUUUCGCCAAUUUAAAAGAGGAACUAUGAUCCAAAUGCAAAUCGAUCAUGUAUCGGACUCGUCAAGGAGUUAUAGUCAAGGGCGCCCGAAAAAGUCAGUCUCAUAACCAUUGUUGGCGCGAAUCUCCGUCGUCGUUAUUCCCCUUCCUAGUAUAGUCCCCCCUCGCACAUGCAAACACGCAACAACAACCUUUACCUAACCUGAACCAUUGAUCCGAUCCGCUUCGCCACAGCGCCGACGGAUUUAUUUAUUUAUUGAACUUUUUUCGAUCCCUCUACGUCCGCUUUUUCCAGUCCGAACUGGCCAUUUUCGAUGGGUUCCAACGCAUUUUGGUUGAAUCUUAUUAACUUACAAGUUUUAUUUCCACCUUUAGUCAGCUUUUGAAACAAAUGAGAAGCUUGGAAGCACGGAAAAAAAGAACCCAAUUCGAUCGAACUGUCAAACAAGAGAAUGCACAUUUGUAUACAUAAUAACAUGAUGCUUCGGCCGGUGAUCCGUUUGUUUUUCGGCUCUCUUCGCGUGUUUUGCCACAGUCUCUUUGAGAAGAAGCAAGCGUUUCUGGUCUUUACCUUUGGGUAUUAUCGACUUUUUUUUCUGUGAAAAUAACGUUGAAUUGUGGCUUUACUAACAUUUUUUAGGUCAAGUGAGCUUUCGAUUUUUUUUUCCUAUAAGGAGGUCAACUCAGGGAAAACUUUUAUUUUGAAUAUGAUUUCCUUCUCAAAGAGGAAGUUUUGAUCCCCUGAAAUAUACUUCUCAAUCUAAACUUUUAGUAGGAAUCGAUUUUGAAUAGUUCUCUGGCUUUUAUUUUGGUUUUUCAGUCGAAUCCUGAUCAAGAAUCACUUUUUGAAUCAGCUUUCUCAGUCUUCCAGUGUCUUUCCAAUUUCUAAAAAUGUAAUUCUGCAAAAUUUAUCAAACUACCGUUUCAAACCAACAAAAAUCAGGACAGAUAAAAUUCAGAUAGCCCAAUCAAUGAUAAAUUGAUCGUGUGGAUAGGUUUUUGACACGAAAAGAAGUCUCAAGGUUGCGACGACAACGAACGACUAUUUUUCGUUCUUUCGUCGUCGUCGUCGCGUCGAGAAGGCAAUGAGAAAAAAAAAACGGAGAAUGAAUUGAAACUUUUGGGUUCUUUGCAACAUCUUCAUUCGCUUUGCCCUUCUUUUCUUUGUUUUGUCUUCAAAAUAAAUUCUUUUUCAUACUUUUUAUAUCAAUUAUGAGUAAGCAAAGGUUAAUUUUUUUUAAAAUCCUAAAUAGGUUUUUUUGUGUUUCUUUUUUUGUAUCGCGGAAAAUUUGAACAAAGUAUGGAUUAAUUAGGUUUUUUUUACACUCUGGGGCCCACGUUUUUCAUUAUUGCUCAUUUUAAGGGAAAUGAACUGCACUUUAAUUAUAUUUUUUUGUUGACUUGAAUUAAUAAUGUCUCUGAGAAUGAAAAUAUCAGUGUUUGCAAUUAUUUCCAGGUCGGGCGUACCUUCAGAUUAACCGCUUUGAGUCAUUCCCCAUGCGACCAUUCUUUUUUUCAAAGUCAGUUUUGAAAGUUAUAAUUGGAAUGAAUACUUAGAGGUCGUCCGCUUCAAACCUUUUUUAGAAAAAAAUUGAGAAUUUUCUUAAAUUUUGUCGGAAGCGCAUUUGGAAUACGCGAGUGACGGCGGCAAGCAGCUCAUCUCAAAUGAAGAUUUUUUGAAAGUGAUUUCUGAGUUUUUACUCGUAUGUUGUAAACAGGUUGUAAACAAGAAAAAUGAUAAAUUCUUGGUGUAAAGUAAAGAAGAAUAGUGGUCGGAAUAUCAUUUUUUCCCGUCUCAUCACACCUUCGUCACCUUCCCUUUAUUUGGCGUUUUUCAACCACGCCCUUCAGCCCUUUUCCUGUUGCUUUUUCGCCGUUUUCUUGAUGACUUUGUCUUUUUUUUCCGAUUCAAAAGAAAGUUUAAUUGAGUUAUCAAUUUGAAAAAAUCUGUUUUUCAAAUCUAGCCAAUGAAUAUGCAGGCUUAACCAGUCAAUUUGAAAGGAAUAUAAGGAAUUCUAGCUUUGCGUUGAAAAUAAGAGCAAUAUUGAGAUAUUAGUAAUUUUGAAAAAAAUUAGUUUGUUUGCAAUGAAUACCCUAUUAAAAGAAGAGUUGGCCAAAAAACAUUGAAUUUGUCUUUCAACCAAUUUCGUGUUUUUUUCCUCAUUCUUUCGUGCCAGAAAAAAAGUUAAAAUAAAUAAAUAGAGUACCCAGUUUUUGCAAGAAUAGGUAAACACUCUAAAGACUCCCCAAAAACAUUUUUUUAAGGAAAUUUUUCUCUCCGAUUUUUUUAAAAGAUUUGCAACCUUCAAUCAGUGUGUAUACUUUAGUCGAAAAAUUUUGCCGCAUGUGAAAUGAAUAAAAACAAUGUGUGCGCCCGACUCGAUACUACUUUCGCUUUUCAUUAUAAAAAUGACCUUUUUUUUGGUAUUUCAAAAAUCAACAUGAAUUCCCUCACAUUUUUCUAUUUACUUUCCAGUCGUUUUGAUAUAAUCUUUUCAAUAAAAAUGGAACAUGAUCAUAAAGAUUCGAAUCGAAAACCAUUUAGACCGGUAGCGAAUCAGGUCAUAUUGACUUUUUUCUCUAUUCCUUAUUUGUCUUUUAGAAGAAAAGAAGCAAGACGCUUCCUAUUGUCUUUUUUCCACAGCCGAAUAUGACGCGAACGUUUUUUCUAUCAUUUUUUUCUUUCUUUUCUGAUCGAAUCAAAUGAAAUAUUCGUUUUGUGCUUUUUAAACGGAAUAUUGAUUUGAAAAAACGUUUAUUUCAGUCACGAAUAAUUUUGGUGAGUUCACGCCCAGAUUUUAUCUGGAAGCUCAAAUUUAUGAACAUUGAACGCUAUCCUUUGCACGGCCUUUUUUAAUGAAAAUUUCCAAAUUUUCUAUAUUCGAAACUACCUCGUAUAACCCGCAUUUUGCAUUCAAUUAGAAUAGUUCAGAGUCUAAGUUCUUUGAAAAAUUGACUUUUUUUUUUUGCAUAACCCUAUUUUUUUGUUUUUGAUGGUUUUUUCUGCAAUGUCCAAGACUCUUCUCUCACCAUUUCAAGAGCAAAAAGUGAAUGAAAACAUCAGGAUUUGUCGCCUCGUUAUCAGCCUGCCCUCGUUGUUUUUCAAGCACGAUUCGAAAAAUACUUUGGUUUUUAAGAUGCUGCGAUCAGACGAAGAGCACCACGGGACGACGGCCGUCGACCUGGAGCCCGUGAGAGAAGUGCCCCACUCGGACGACUACAAACGCCCGCAUCCGCCCCCGAGGAGUCCCGUGGCCGAGCCCAAGAAGAAGCUCCAGUUCCACAUGAACACCAGCAAGAUCCAGAUCAUCCCCAACAAUCGCCAGGGACAACUCAACACUGGAUACCUCGCCACGAUCGGCGGUGUCUUGAAGAUUGCCGAGAUUGUGGGUUUUCUUCUUUUUCGACGCUUUUAUAAUGUAUUUGUUCCAAACUGAAGAAAACAUAACUUGGUAAAGUAUUGGAUUCUGGUAGAACUUGUUUGACAACAGAUCAACAAGUUCCAGCUGUGCUUUUUUGUUGAAACUUCUUCAAAUUUUCUUUUAACGAUUUGGACUUCCUUGCAAUUUUUAUAUAGCCCCAGGGCUUUUUUUUCGUUACCAUUUAUUCCGAAAAAAAAUUCGCAAAAAGAUAAAAAGUUGAGGAACAGAAGCGUUAGAGGUUCUUUGGAUUAAAAAAUUGCAUCAAUGAAAGAAGAUUCUCAAAAAAUGAGCUUUGUGUAAGGAAUCGUAUCGAAUUAUCAUUUUCAUGUCGAAAAUCUCCAAUUACUUUUCAAAGGUUCAAGCCCUCGCUAGGCUAACUAUGAUCCAACAGAACUGAUUGUUCGAAGAGAAUAUUGUGAAAAUUAAUCGAAGCUUUCUGUAUGAAAUUUUCUUAAAAACGCAACUUUUUGGCAACUUUACAGUUCGUUCAUUCCAGGUCCUCUCGUUCAUCGCUUUCGUCUUGGCGAUCUGCGCGGACCGAAGGACUACGACGGCCGCCUGGACGGAGCACAUCACCUUCGAGACGCUCCUCGUGGUCACGGCCUUCCUCCUCGGCUACGUCUGCUUCCCCCAUCUCACCAUCAAGGACGAGCCCACCCGUGAAGGACUCAUCGUCGUGGUCUGCAGAAGCUCUUCUCGAUCCAACGUCUUCUCAAAUCAAUUCAGGAGCUGCUCUUCUAUGGCGUCAACACCGUCCUCUACUUCAUCUCCAUCUGGCUGAUGGUCCAUUUGUCGGCGAGUUGGGGCACCGACGGCCGCGGCGCUGCCAUCAUGUCGGCGGUGAGCUAAAGAAUGCACUUUUGAAAGACGGACGAGGUUAAAGAAUUGGAGAAGUUAGAGUGUGAAGAUGAUUCUGAAAAUUGCCCAUGGAGCGCAUAAUUUUUGGAAAAUUGACCGGUUUGGCCUUUGAAAUUUGCCGAGGGUGGGGGAUGGCCUAUAAGCUGACGGGCUGGCCCUCGCACAAGCCGGACUCGAUCUUAAUUUCUUUAACGUAAAAGUGGCCACUUGAGAGGUUUUCUCGUAAACUUUGAAGUGGUCACACAAGGUUUUCUUUUUCAAAAUUUGUCCUCGUUUAAAAAUCGUUUACUUGAAAGGCCUCCUCCAACGUUCAGAGCUGUCACUUCCCUGAGUGACAAACUCUGGAUCUUUUCUUUCGGACCUAUAACUCAAUAAAUGACCUCUUAAGAGAACACUUGAAAGUCUUUUCGAGUGCCUCUAUCCGAUUUAUUUCAGGUAAUCUGCGUGGCUCUGACGGUUUUGUUCGCGAUCGAGACGUUCCUCAAGCUUAAGGUUCUUUAUUUUCGAUCAUUUUUCUCUAAUUAACCAAUUAGUGAUGAUAAUAUAUAUUUUUCUAGGCGUGGCGAGGCGAGAAUGAGCCAAGCAGCCGCGUCAUCACCACCGGCAACACUCCCGCUUAA